GAGGAGGAGUAAAAGGCAGGGCAAAAACAUGUCACAGAGCUUUUAAGGACAGCCUGGAACCGACAUUUCAGCGCACACAGGCUGAGCACACACACGGCACGAAAAAUGGCAGUUUUAAUUGGCAGUUACAGCACAACUUUACUCGGGGUUAGCGUCUUUGUUGGUAUUCUUACCUACUUAACCUACAAGCUGCUGAGCGAUUACCUGCACAAAUGGUUUGAGAUGAAGCCGAUCCCUGAGCUGGGAACCACUUACCCCUUCAUCGGGAAUGCUCUGCAGUUCAAAAACAAUGGGGGCGACUUCUUUCGUCAAAUUCAGGAUUUUACCUGGGAGUUCCGAGAUAAGCCGCUGUUUAAACUCUGGGUCGGGCCGGUCCCCUUUGUGGUUCUGUAUCAUGCUGAGACGGUUGAGCCGGUUCUGGCUAACAGCAUUCACAUGGAGAAAGCUUUUGCAUACAAGUUUCUGCAUCCGUGGCUGGGAACUGGUCUGCUUACUAGCACUGGGACCAAGUGGCGUCAGCGGAGGAAGAUGCUGACGCCCACCUUUCACUUCUCCAUCCUGGAGGACUUCUUGGAAGUGAUGAACGAGCAGGCCGAGAUUCUGGUGGAGAAGUUGGAAAACCAUGCAGGGAAGGGUCCAUUCAACUGCUUCAGUCUCAUCACCCUCUGUGCUCUCGACAUUAUCUGCGAAACUGCAAUGGGAAAGAAAAUUUAUGCACAGAGUAACUCUGAUUCGGAGUAUGUUAGGAGCGUGUACAGAAUGAGCGACAUUGUCAGUCGCAGACAGCGGUCACCUUGGUUAUGGCCUGACUUCAUUUACACUUACUUUAGUGAAGGCCGCGACCACGACAAAACACUCGAGGUCCUCCACUCCUUUACAUACAAAGUGAUCCAUGAAAGAGCUGAGAACACGUCCUGCAACGAGUCAGACAGCGAAAACGACCAAGGCAAGAGGAAACGACGGGCAUUUCUGGACAUGCUCCUGAGCACCACCUAUGAAGACGGCAGCAAGAUGAGCCAUGAGGACAUCCAGGAGGAAGUGGACACCUUUAUGUUUCGGGGCCAUGAUACUACAGCCGCCGCUAUGAAUUGGGCUCUCCACCUGCUCGGCUCGCACCCUGAGGUGCACAAGAAAGUUCAACAAGAGCUACAGGAGGUGUUCGGUACAUCUUCCCGGCCCACCAGCACUGACGACCUGAAGAAGCUCAAGUACCUGGAGUGUGUGAUCAAGGAAGCUCUGAGGCUGUUUCCCUCUGUGCCUUUCUUUGCUCGUAGCCUCGGUGAAGACUGCUAUAUCAACGGUUUCAAGGUUCCUAAAGGUGCAAACGCGAUCAUAAUCACCUACUCUCUUCACCGCGAUCCACGGUACUUCCCCGAGCCCGAAGAGUUCAGGCCUGAGCGUUUUCUGCCGGAGAAUUCGGUGGGAAGGCCUGCCUAUGCAUACGUCCCCUUCUCAGCUGGACUCCGCAACUGUAUAGGCCAGCGUUUUGCACUCAUGGAAGAAAAAGUGGUGCUGGCGACUAUUUUGCGGAACUUCACAGUUGAAGCCUGUCAGAAACGCGAAGACCUCCGCCCGGUUGGAGAGCUCAUCCUACGACCAGAGAAGGGCAUCGUGAUCAAAUUAGAAAAGAAGACGCUUCAAACGUCAUCAAACUAACACCUGAUGCAGCAUCCUGGGGAAUUUCUCUGCAUGGUUUUUAUCUAAUGACACAUAACAAAGUGACAUUUUUAAAAAAUAUUUUAGUAAUUUUAGGAAAUUCCUAUUUUCAUAAUGAUAAAUAUUCAUAAAUACAGAUGACAAAGGAAUCCUGAAAUGCUGUUUGCUGUGUUGUGUGUAGACACAGCACUGGUCCAUCUUUGAGCUGAAUGAUUCACAGGUCAGUGUGAGGAGGCUUAAAAAAUCCUUGAAAGCAAAAUAUAAAGAAAGAGUUUUCCAAACUACUAUUUCUAUAAGAUUUAAAGUAUAGAUUUACACCAUAUUGUGAGUUACAUUAAUAAAAAUGAACCGACAAUUUCAAAA